CUGGCACUCUGCCAGACACACAUGUUCUAGGAGUCAACAUUGGUACUCAUCCUGGCCUCCUUUUGUUUCGCUUUUUGUAUUUACAAACACCGCCCGCACAGUCAUGGGUCGCCCGUGGACAAUUUCCAUAGCCCUGCCGGGCAGUGUCUUGUCGUUAUGUCGUCGCGAUGAGCAGCGCGUGCACAUUGUAUCCCACAUAGCACGUGCCCUCUGUGUCUACAGCAUCGAUGAGAUCAUCAUCUACGACGACUCGCCGCCAGACUCUCGGCCGAGAAGCGUGGACACAUCAGCCUACACUGGUGACAUUGACCCGUGUGGCUACGUAGACCACCUCUUACAGUAUCUCGAGAUGCCGCCUUUCAUGCGCAAGACCCUGCUGCCUCUGCACCCAAACCUGAAGCAGGCGGGGCUUAUGGCGAACCUGGAGAUCCCCUCACAUCCUCACCCCAGACACUGGGUGCCGUAUGCUGAAGGCGUGACUCUGCCGGGCGCAACGCCCUCCGGCAAGGGAACGCUGGUCGACAUUGGCCACAAAUCACCCGUCAUCAUCAAGCAGGACGUCCCUCCCAAGACUCGCAUUACACUCAAGCUCGACGAGAACGACCCGGAGGCGGCGGAGCCAGUUGACCCAUCGCUGCCCCGGACAGAAGGCGGCUACUACUGGGGCUAUUCUACACGGCGCGCGGAGACGCUAUCGGCCGUUUUUGAAGGCUGCACAUACGAGGGAGGAUACGACAUGAGCAUUGGUACCUCGGAGCGCGGCACGCUGCUGGCUGAGGCGCUGCCAGAGAGGAAGGUUAAGAGGGAGCCUCUGCAGUUCCAGCAUCUGCUGAUUGUCUUUGGAGGCCCCCGAGGGAUCGAGUAUGCGGCGGAGAAUGACCCUACACUAAACGGCAUGGGCAUUGUACGGGCGAGGACGCAGGAGCUGUUUGACCACUGGAUCAACUUCCUGCCUGGGCAGGGCACGCGGACUGUGCAGACUGAGGAAGCGUUGUGGGCUGGUCUGGCGCUCAUGCGGAGGUUAUGGAUCGACAAGGAGUGAGUAGAAGCGCAGUUUGUUGCAUGCCUUCGCUGCUGUUGAUGUCCAUAUUUCUCAGUUGCCAAGCGUUGUUUGUGUGCGACAAGAUCGUGUGGAAUAGAGGGUUCCCUGCCCCCUUGCCUUUGAAGGCAGUAAAACUACCAAGGAGCCUGACAGCGUACAUAUAGAACGAGAGAGUCUGAAACUGUUGUGCC